AAAAGUUUUGAAGUUUUAGAAGGGCCAGAAAGUUCUGAGAAAGUGCGCUAUAGAGACAUAGGCAUAGACCAUUAUAGACUCAUACUACUUACAGUGAUAGUCUUGGAUAGAGGCCAACAGUAACAAAUAUGUUACUAAAAGUAGGUCUGUCUAGGUCUAGAUCAUUGUAGCCAAACUCAAAUGGAAAAGGAAAAACCAGAUUAUAGAAUAUUUGGAUCAUACACCAGAUCUCUUUACAAUGUUUUUAAAAAGUAUGACAACAAUGAUAGAAUUCAGACCUGCAAUCUGCGUAAAGCAUUCAAUGAACUCAACUUAUAUCCUUCCUAUUCUCAAAUUCAAGAAAUGGUGCGUUGUGCUGAGGAUUGGGGAUACACUGAUGAUUCAGUCCAAGAAAUGGUUCAUUGUGCUGUUGAGUAUGGUAGUCCUUGUGAUGCUGACUUUGUGACCUUCGGUGAAUUUUGUGUCUCUGUGGAUGAACUGCAGCAUCAUUAUGAAAUAGGAGCUCCUGUGACUUUACCUAAGUCUGUAAUUAGAAAUAAGAGUGGUGGUGUCUCUGUAAGGAGAGCUAGGAAAGAGAGCCUUGCUAAUUUUCAAGUAUUUUUGGGUGGAUCCUGUGGAUGUCCUCGCAAUCCAACCACAUGGAGACACGAUAUAGCCAUUCCUUUCUUGAAGAAAGAAAACAUUACGUUUUACAAUCCACAAGUGAAUACAUGGAGACCAGAACUUGUGGAGCUGGAAGACAGGGCCAAAAAUGUAGCAGAGUUGUUGUUUUUUGUCAUUGACAACAAGACUCGUUCUGUUGCAUCCCUUUGUGAAAUUGCUUUCUUGGUUGGAUGUGGUAGACAGAUUAUUGUUGUAUUUAAUUCCUUCAAUUCUGAAGUGCAUGAAGUGAGUGAGGAACUAACCACAGAAAAAGAGCGUCAGGAUAUAUCACGUGCCAGAAAUGUUCUCAUGGACAUCAUUGAGAGAAAUAGUAUUCCAGUUUUCGCAGAUGUUGAAGUGGCCUUAAAAUGUGCAGCAUUAAAUCUCAAGCAGGGCAUAAAAAUUCAAGAGUUAACAAUCAGCCAAGGUGCUAUGCCAGUGAAGUAUGGUCAUGUGUUAGUUGGCGAGGCUUUGCUAAAAUUGAGAGAAUCAUUUAAUUCAAUAACAGGCAAUAAGGAUGGACACAUGAGUAAAGAAGAUAUUUGUCUGGGCUACCGUUGUUAUACUGGGGAAGACAUGAGUCUCUCCUGGAUACACAACCACAGGCCUUCCCAGAAUAGUUUUACAUUUGAAGAGUUUUGUGCAAUAGUGACUGAGUACAAGAGAAAACGACCUUCAGUUGCAUCCACUAUUGCAAACAAGUUGGCUGGAUCUUUUUCCUGGCUAUUUAACAAACUGAAGGGAAAUAAUCAACCUACUGAGACAGUGGAGGAAGUUUAUGAUAUCUAUCUAGGGGGCAGCUGUGGAGAAACCAAAUGGAGGGAAGAUCUGGCUAUACCUUUAUUAAAGAGAGAAGGUGUUUCUUUUUUAAAUCCAAUGGUCACAAAGUGGAGUGAGUACUUAAUUCCUAUGCAAGCAGCUGAAAGAGAAAAGUGUCGCCUUCUGCUCUUUGUCAUCGCAGACUGCACCAGAGCUAUCGGUGCCAUGGUGGAGGCUGGCUAUUACAUAGGUCGCAGCUGCCGUGUCAUACUAUGCCUUGAAAAACUUCACUCCUGCUCCACUGUCUCAGGUGAACAGAUGACGGAAAAAGCCCUUCAGGAUUACACCCGUGGACGAAUGUACUUGAGUGACAUGGCCAGCAGAGCUGGAGUUCCAGUGUUUGAGAAAGUAACAGAAAGUCUAGAGUCUGCUGUCAAGACAAUUAGAAAACUAAACCAGUCCAAAGACAAUAGUUAACAUCCCCUAUCUUUCCUAAUAGUGUUUUUUUUAAACUUUGCAUUCUUUUAUCACUGCAGCAUUUUGUUGGUCCAUUAAUUAGUACUUUUUCUUUAAAACUUAUUUUUUAGAUUAUACAUUUUGUUAAUAAAAUUUUCUAUUUUUGUAUCAUUAUUUUUUUAAAGACAAGCUUUUUUUUCUUUACUAAUUUCUGUAGAUGUGUUUAAUCAGAUGUUGUUGUUGUUUUUUUCAAAUAAUAAAUAUUUGUAUUAUAUUUUUUGUUAUUGUUUAAAAAAUAUCUUGUGAGUUGACAUGAGUUGACAGGUCAUAGCCAAUUUUUUUUUAGGAAAUUUGCAAUGAAAUGAGAAACCAAAAAUGUUUAAAGUUUGUCUGUGAUAGCUUGGGUAUUAUGAACUUUUUUGUUUUUCAAGUUGUUGUUUUUUUUAAUGUACAUAUGAAAGAAUUAUGCUUCUAUAUCUGAAUUUCCACUCCAUUUUGUUCUGUGAUUUAUAGUAUGUAUUUUUUAUAUUUUCGUUAAGCUUAUAACUCUUUUUUUUUUCUUUUUGCAACAAAUAUUUUCUUGACUUUAUUAUUCAUAGGAAAUGAAGUCAAGUUUUUCUGCUUUUGUGGACAGUAGUUAAGAAAGGGUGGGUCCAGUACAAUGGUGACAUACUAAAGCUAUUUGGAAUUAAAUUUGUUUAAAUUUCCUCAAUAAGAAAGUCUUCAAGUCUGGACUUCUCCCAAUGACUUAAGAUUGUGUUGUGAAAUAUGUUUCUUUGAAGUAAAUAAUAUCAAACAUAUUCAAUUGUGAUUUUAUUGGUUCAGUUUGUAUUUUAGAAUUCUUGUAAUACCAUAACCAUAAGGCCAACCUCCAGAGAAUUUUCUUAUCAGUACUGUUUGUUUCAGUAUGGCUAAACACCAAUGGUCACUAAUGAAAUGGUGAAAUCUUUUUUUUUUUGCUAGACUUCUGUAGUACCUGAUCCCUGUUUGCUGCCAAAGUAAAACUUAAUUCCAAAUUAGAUCUAAUGUAAAUAGAUUGUGAGCAUAUUUAUUUUAUGUCAAAAAAGAUGUUUAUGAUCAUUGAUAACAAUGUAUGAUUAGACAGAAAUGGUGAAUGUGAAUCAUUUGAGCCAACUACCAGCAGGAUGAAAGUAGAAGUUGUUGCAGAGCUAAUAAUUGUAGUUUUCCUUCAUUCUUACUCUUUAACAAAUAUCACAACAGGGAGCUUUGUUUCUGUGUACAAUGUGAUGCAUUCAUUCGUAGAUGUACAGAUAUAAGUAGUAAAAGGUUUUCAUCUCAAAAGUUUUAUUCAGCUCUCUUUACUUAUGUGGAAGAGUAGUACUAAAAAGAAAUAUUAUAAAACUGUUGAAUAUAGAAAGUAAAAAAAAACAAAAACACUUUCUCUUUAUUACCUGCAAGAAGAAAUUGAUGUUCUCUAAUUGUCUAAUGUCUGUUCUCAUUUUAAUCACUUGUGUGAUGGCUUUCUAUCUGAAUUUGAUUGCUUUAAGCAUGAAUCAUUCCAUGUGUUAGUAACUGAAUAUGUGCAAUAUAUUUGACUGUCACAUCUUUGUAUGUUUUAUUAACAUUUAAAAUUGCAAAAGAAGAAAAACUUUUUAAAUACUUUUUUUUUAAAACAAAGCUUAUAGGAAGUGUAGUUGUAUCAAUUAGUUUGGAUCAGUCAUGUAAUUAAGUUUGUAAUAGAUCUAGACUAACAAUAAUAAAUCAGAGUGAUUGGAAAUAUUUUUUACUAAUUGUAUUUGUUUAGCACAAUUAUAUAUGCUUUUAGAUUUUUCAGCGCACUUUGAUUCAAUCACUUAUUUGGACCAGCUGUGAAAGGGGGUGGUGUAGAAAGAAAGGAGUAUCUGGUUGAAUGUUACCAUGAUCACAUUUAAAUGCAUUUUAUUAAAACAAAAAAAAAAGGUUGUACGAUUUGAACUCUAGGGCUCAAGCCAAUACACAGACUUCUGUGCCAUCAAAGUGUUUAAAAAAUAAGGACUUAUAGUUAUCGUAAGUUUCUAACUUUUAAUGAAAUGACCUAAUUCUCUACAAAAGUACAAUGGGUACUAAUUCAACUUAUACUACCACAUCUGUGAAGUACAAUUUCUUUCCAUUGUUUGAUACCAAUCAGAAUAAUUAAUUACCAUUUGUUAAUGAACUAACUGGUUAAUGUCGAACUAACUGGUUAAUGUUUGUUAUUGAUUCUUGUUCUGUCUGGUACAAGAAAUAAUUGUGCAAAAUUUCAACUUAUUCCGAGUUAGGGGUGUGAGAGAAAUGGCGUGUACAAACUUUUUACCAGACAUAGUGAGUUGAUAUUUAAAAAAAUAAAAGGAUUCUGACCUUAAAAAAAUGUAAGUUGUGUUACAAAUUCAACUUAAGGUGUUUAAAUCUCAUCUUGCACAUUUUAAAAUAUAUUUUUCAUUGUGUCAUUUAAAAAAAAAAUCAGAAUUGAAUUGAUUGAAUAAGGAACAGUGUUUGCUGGGUUACUUCUUCAUUUCAAUGUCAAUAUUUUUUUUAGAUGUUCAUUAUAUUUGUACAUAUUUAAUUGCAGUAUUUUUGUAUACAACUUUUAAAUGUUAACGUUGAAGAUAUAUUUGCUAGCUUAACAAUUCCAUUGAAAUAAACAUCUCAAUAUAUACUUUCAUAUCAGUUUUAUAUACCUCCCACCAUCAUAUCUUUUACUUUGGUGUACAUUCAAUUCAAACUGAUUCAUAGAAUUUCUUGUACAUAUGUAUUUGCACUUAUGUUCAGAAUAAUUGCAUACAAAAAAUACAAAUGAUUAAGUAUCUAUUUUUGAAUGAUUACAUAAUUUUAGUACAUUAAAAUUUAAAAUUUGUUAUUCUUUUGAUCUUUUAUUUCAUAUAAACAUUUUAUAAUUUAAUAUUCUUUACACAUAGUUCAUAUGUAUUUCAAUAGUAUGCUUUUAAAUUCAGACCUAAUGUUAAGUCAUUUACAAGAUAUACAAAAUUGUUCUGUUUAAUUGCAAUGAUUGCAAAAAUGAAAAUUAACAAUUCCAUAAGUUUCACUUGACUAUUGAUCUUAAAUGAAAAUUAACAAUUCCAUAAGUUUCACUUGACUAUCUUCAUUGCAUUACUAUCAGGUUUUGAUAUUGAAGAGCUAAUAAUUCAUUCCUUACUUGCCUUUUCAUAAGUUUAACUUUAAGUUUAAUGUUUCAUACUAACAUGUCAUGAAACUUGAUUUGAAAUACCAUCUAAGGUUGUAUAUAAUAAAAUGUGUGACAAUUUAUUUUGCUUAGAAAAAAAAAAUGAAGAGAUUAAUGAAUGCUAUGAUUGGUUUUGUUUUUAUUUCACAUAGUGAUAAUUGUGACAACCCAUAAUUCAUACAGAUAGUCAUAGAUAUGAUGAACAUAUUCCAGUCAUAUGAUUUGACAAUGACAGCCACAUUUCAUAACAAAUCUAUAUUUCAACAAAACAAUUAGUGUGAUGCAAAUUAGUGUGAUGCAA